AUGAAUGGUGCUGAUUCUGAAGGUGCGCCUCAUGGCGAACAGGCUACUCCCCAGCCUAUCGCCAUAAUCGGGUAUUCCUGUCGGCUGCCGGGGCAAGUCACAUCUCCCAGUGACCUAUGGGAACUAUGCACUCGAGCCCGAAGUGGCUGGUCACCCAUACCAAAAGACCGUUUCUCCCUCGAAGCAUUCCGCCACCCUAACCCGUCCAAAGUUGGUUCCUUCAACCCCAAGGGAGGCUAUUUCCUCGACGAGGACAUUGCACGCUUUGAUGCUCCUUUCUUCAAUCUCACCGUUCAAGAAGCUACGUCCAUGGACCCCCAACAGCGCUUAAUACUAGAGUGCACGUAUGAAGCCUUGGAGAGUGCUGGAAUUCCUAAAGAGAAUCUUGCCCGUCGGAACGUGGGUGUUUUUGCCGGUGGAAAUUUCUCUGAUUAUGAGCUCAAUAACCUCCGUGAUAUCGAGACUAUCCCCAUGCACCAAGCCACCGGCUGUGCGGCCUCACUGCAAUCCAACCGUAUCUCAUACUUCUUUGAUCUACGAGGGCCUAGCAUCACAGUGGACACGGCUUGUUCUUCUUCGCUUGUUGCACUACACUAUGCAGUGCAGAGCUUGCGAAGCGGGGAGUCCGAGGAAGCGCUCGUUGCUGGUUGUCAUCUAAACCUUGUGCCAGAUAUUUGGGUCUCUAUGUCCAUGUCACAAUUGUUUAAUGAUGAGGGCAAAAUAUUCUCUUUCGAUGAGAGAGCCACAUCUGGUUUCGCGCGAGGCGAGGGCUCGGGCGUUGUAAUUCUGAAGCCCCUAGACGCCGCAUUGCGAGAUAAAGAUCCCGUCCGAGCUAUCAUUGUACAUUCAGGAGUCAAUCAAGAUGGGCGAACAAAGGGAAUUACGCUACCAAAUGGUCAGGCCCAGGAAGAUCUAAUACAACGAGUCUACAAAGAGGCCAAUCUCAACCCGGACGAAUGCGGGUUUGUAGAAAUGCAUGGCACUGGAACAAAGGCCGGCGAUCCUAUCGAAGCUGCAGCAGUCCAUGCGGCACUUGGAAAGAAUCGGACUCCAAGAAACCCGCUUUAUAUCGGAUCAGUCAAAUCUAACGUUGGGCAUCUGGAGGGUGCCAGCGGUAUAAUUUCCAUCAUCAAAGCAGCCAUGAUGCUUGAUAGAGAGUUAAUGCUUCCAAAUGCUGAGUUUAAGAAAGCAAACCCUAAUAUUCCCAUGAGCGAGUGGAAUAUGAAAGUGUUAACAACGACGCGGCCCUGGCCUCCUCGCAAGAAAUACCUUAGUGUGUCCAACUACGGGUUUGGGGGAACCAAUGCACAUGUCGUUCUUGAAAAAGCACCACUAGCAUCCAAAGCCCCAGAUGAGGCUGUUGAGGAUGUUGAGGUGGACCCUAAACGUAAACUGUUUUUGAUCUCUGCCAAUGACAAAGAGUCUCUACGAACUAGGAUCAACGAAUUCAGUAUCUACUUCGAACAACAUCCCGAAGUUUUUGAAAAGGUUCUGUUCGGCAACUUUGCUUAUACUUUAGGCAACAAGAUGUCCCAACUCUCAUACCGUGUUGGUGUGUCAGCUACUUCGCUAGAUGACCUUGGGAUCCGUCUUGCUCAACUGAAGAUCAACCCAUCCCGGGUUCUAGGCGCUCCGAUAGUUUCGUUUGUCUUCACUGGUCAAGGGGCGCAAUGGGCACAGAUGGGCAUUCCUCUUAUGCAUGAAUACCCGGUCUACGAGCUGGCCAUAAAACGAGCUGAUCAAUGCCUACGAGAUCUCGGAGCUGAGUUUUCCCUUAUUGAAGAGUUAGAAAAGGACGCCACCACCUCUGAGAUUGACUCCCCUCAUCUGAGUCAACCAGCCUGCACAGCACUUCAAAUUGCACUAGUUGACCUCCUGAAAUCUUGGGGGAUCCGCCCUGCUUCAGUCGUUGGCCACAGUUCUGGAGAAAUUAGUGCAGCCUAUGCUGCAGGGAUGUAUGACUUGGAGGGAGCUAUGGCUCUGGCUUACUGGCGCGGGAAAAUGACCUCUUUGCUCAAAUCCUCAUUCCCGUUCCUCAAGGGUACCAUGAUUGCUAUUGGAACUAGUCGCGAGACUGUUCAGCUUAUAUUGAAAACCCUAUCUGGAUACGCUACCGUUGCUUGCGUGAACAGUCCUUCCAGCGUGACCGUAUCGGGGGACGUGUCCGCAAUUAAUGAACUGGAAAAAGUUCUCGAAGACAAUAAACUUUUCAAUAGAAGAUUGAAGAUUGACGUUGCCUACCAUUCCAACCACAUGGAGAAGGUUGCUGACGCUUACCUUGCUGCGAUUAAGACCAUCCAGCACUCCACAUCGGCAACGGCCUCGUUCUUUUCUUCUGUCUUUGGACGCUUCGCGGAACCUCCUGAGCUUGGUCCAGAAUACUGGAUUACCAACCUGAGAUCGCCGGUGUUGUUCUCUGACACUCUUGGCAAGAUUGUGUCGGAAGAUGAAACACGACCCAACCUUCUUGUUGAAAUUGGUCCACACUCUACAAUGAAGGGCCCUAUCAUGGAUACUCUAAAGAGCUUGGGUCCCAAUGUCUCUAAAAUUGGAUAUAUACCGACCAUUCUUCGUAAAGUUGAUGCAGCCGAGUCGGUCUUGAAUACCGCUGCUGCUGCCUACGUGCGAGGCGCUACACUCAAUAUGACAGCAGUGAACUUCCCCAAGACUGGUGCGAAACAUACGUUUAGAGAUCGUGCUAGGAACGAUAUAUUGGGAGUAUUGGCAAAUUACUCAAAUGAUCUGGAGCCAACGUGGCGAAACAUUAUCCGCUUAGAUGAGAUUCCCUAUCUCCGAGACCACAAGAUGCAGGGGAUGGCCGUUUACCCACUGGCAGGCUAUUUGGUAAUGGCAAUUGAGGCCGCUCGACGACGUGCGGAGCAAUCUGGCAUGCAAAUCUCUCAAUUUGAACUGAGGGAGGUCAUUGUGGGCUCGGCACUUGUGCUCAAUGAUGACACAGAUGCAGAGACCACCCUUACUCUCCGUCCCUACGCUGAAGGCACGCGGGGGUCAUCCGAUCUCUGGGAUGAGUUCCGUGUCUGCUCAUGGACCGCAAAACGAGGAUGGACAGAGCACUGUACUGGUCAGGUGCGAGUUCGCUCCGAUCCAAAACAGCAGGCGGCUGCGAUUUCGAGCCCAUUUAAUACUGAAAUCACCCACACGAAAGCUCAAAUUGCCCGCAUUCAGAAGUCAGCUACUAAUUACCUCGAUAUGCCCCACAUGUACCAAGUUCUAAGUGAUCUGGGAGCUGGAUAUGGUCCUAUAUUUCAGGAUAUUGAUAACUGCUACGCAAGCCCUAACCACUCGUUUGGCGAUCUGCAUGUUAGGGAUACUCGCAGUGUCAUGCCGAAGGGAUUUGAGCCUCCCUUAACUGUCCACCCAUCAUUCCUCGAUGGACUGCUACAUUUUGCUUGGCCUCUCCUUGGCCAAGGCUUGGGCCGAAUGGAUCUAGACACACUUUACAUGCCGACAAUGAUCAAACGUAUAACGAUCGGUCUCAACGUCCCAACCACAGCUGGUGAAUAUGUUAAAGCUUACUGUAGUGGCAGCCCCAGUUUACCUUUCCCCGAACCUACCAAGUUUGACCUUUUUGCUAUCCAAGAGGGGUCUACAAAGCCCGUCAUUACAAUAGACGGUCUGGUAAUGACUCCUCUCAGAAAUCCAAAUUUUCAUCGAGAAGCCAUUCGAAAACUGUGCUAUAAGGUUGAUUGGCAUCCCUUAGCCGAGGUUGAUAGCGCCAUUGAAGGAGAUAUUCAAGAUGGAAUUGGCCCUGCGGAAUCUAAUGGCCACACUUCAACUCACGGGAACACGAAUUCAGAUGGAAAUCCAGGGAAGAAAGGCAACUCGCACACAAACGGUAUUGCAAAUGUUAUCAAACCUAAGCAGGAUCUAAUCAUCUCCUACUUUGGCGAAGCUGAUGGUAUUGCUGAUAAAUUGAGUAUUGCACUUUCUAACGCAUCUGGAUGGAAUAUUUCCGUCCAAAUCUUUGGUGAAAUGGACUUCUCUCAAAAGCAACUUGUUUUACUUCAGACUGGAGCUGACUCUCUGCGAUACCUCACCGAAGGUGUAUUUGAGGAACUCAAGAUGGCACUGCUAAAAGCUCAGACUGUGCUCUGGGUCUACCGGACUGAUUCUCCUGAUGCUCAAAUGACAGUGGGUUUGACUCGCACCUUACGCUCGGAGACCUUGGCUAAGAUAGCUACUCUCGGAUUGGCUCCCGAGGAUAUCGAAUAUCCCGAGAAGCCUAUUCAGGUAGCCAUGAGUGCUGUAUGGCCUACUGACGGGGCCGAACCUUCAAAGGAUUUUGAGUUCAAGACUCAAGGCUCUGAGAUCUUUGUCCAACGCAUAGUGGAAGAUGAUGCUGCCAAUACUUUUGUCCACAAUGAAAUCCACGACAUGACGAUCUCUACCCAACCAUUCAGCCAGCCCGGGCGGCGCUUCAAGAUUCAGAUCGGCAAUCCCGGCGCUCUCGAUACUCUCUACUUUGUAGACGACAAUCCCCCACCACUAGGUGAUGACCAGAUUGAGUUUCAAGUCAAAGCAAGCGGUCUCAACUUCAAAGACAUUGUGGUCUCAAUGGGCCAGCUUGCACAGUCCUAUAUUGGAAUUGAAUGUAGCGGCAUUGUUUCCAGUAUAGGAUCAAAUGUGAAGAAGUUCAGGGUUGGCCAAAGAGUCAUGGCUAUGCCAGAGGGCUGUUUCUCAACCUACGCACGAUGCUCUGCUACAAGCGCUGCAGAAAUACCAGCCGACAUGUCAUUUGAGGUUGCAGCCACAGUUCCAGUUGUGUUCUGUACUGCAUACUACGCUCUAUUUGACCUAGGUCAGUUGCAAGCUGGCGAACGGGUUUUAAUACACGCCGGUGCUGGUGGUGUCGGUCAAGCCGCCAUAAUGCUAGCACAAAUGAAUGGCGCAGACAUAUUUGUUACAGUCGGAUACCUUGACAAGAAGCAGUUCUUAAUGACCCAAUAUAGUAUUCCCGAAAACCGCAUCUUCUAUAGUCGCGAUUCAUCUUUUGCUCGCGAUAUCCGGAGAGCCACUGGUGGGGUUGGCGUGGACGUCGUCGUCAACUCUCUAGCAGGCGAUCUUUUGCGCGAGACUUGGGAGUGUCUUGCGCCGUUCGGGCGAUUUGUCGAGAUUGGCAAGGCUGAUAUUACGAAAAACACUCGUCUUGACAUGCAGCCUUUUGAGCACAACGUCACGUUUUCGUCGGUUGAUCUCGCCAAGGUUGGCAAGUUCAGACCGCAGCUGAUGAAGCGCCUCCUGGGUGAUGUUUGUCGGUUGAUUGGCGAGGGAUCGGUGCAUCCCAUCCUACCACUUUCGAUUUAUCGAAUUUCCGAUAUCGAGAAGGCAUUCCGUACUCUACAGAUCGGUAAGAAUAUGGGUAAAAUUGUGGUGGUUCCCCAUGACGGUGACCAAGUCAAGGCUGUGAACCACAAGACUAGUCCUUAUCUCCUACGACCUGAUGCAUCCUACAUUUUGGUUGGUGGUACUGGAGGUUUAGGCCGAAGCAUAGCCAAGUGGAUGUCUUCAAAGGGCGCAAAGAACAUUGUUCUUGUGUCUCGCCGAGCCGCGAUUAAUGAAAAAGUUCAAGUUUUGAUUGACAAUUUAGCUCCGCUAGGAGUGCGGAUUGUCGUCAAGGCUUGCGAUGUCAGCAGCCAGAAGUCUGUUGAGGCUUUGAUUCACAAAGAAAUGAAAGACCUCCCCCCUAUACGUGGUGUUAUUCACGGUACUAUGGUGCUCCGUGACAUGCUCUUCGAAAACAUGUCUCUUGAAGACUUCACAGCCGUAGCAUGCAAUAAAGUUGAAGGAGCUUGGAAUCUGCAUAACGCGCUGAUUAAUGCCCCACUGGAUUUCUUUAUUGCCCUCUCAUCGGUGGCCGGGAUUAUCGGCAAUCGUGGACAAGCAGCUUACUCUGCAGCAAAUGUAUUCUUGGAUGGAUUCAUAGAAUAUCGCAAAUCACUUGGUCUUCCAGGAACAACAAUCGACCUAGCUGCAGUCAGCGAUGUCGGCUACCUAGCCGAUAUCGAUGCCCAGCGCCGCCAGGAAGUAAUGAAGAAUAUCGGCGGCCAGACCAUUGACGAGUCAGAAGUCCUGGCGCUGAUAGCAGCCGCUCUGACGGGUGAUCUUGACCAGUCCUGCUCUGGGCAGUGUAUCACAGGUCUGCGACUGGAUUCGCUCGAGAACAACUUCUGGGUCCAGGAUGGAAAGUUCAGCGUGCUAUAUGAGGCUGCUAAGAACACUUUGGGAAGCAGCUCACAGCGCAAUGGCCCAUCGGUGCCGCUGCAGGUCACUUUGUCGGCUGCGUCAUCUAGAGAGGAGGCCUUGAAAGUGUGCUACGAGGCGCUGGCCGCCAAGUUAGCACAGGUGCUUGUUCUCUCCUUGGAGGAUAUGGAUCCCUCGAUUACAGUGGCUUCGUUAGGUCUUGACUCGCUGGUGGCUAUUGAGAUCCGCAACUGGAUUGCCCGUGAGGCCAAUGCCAAUGUGCAGGUUCUGGAGUUGUUGUCCAGUGGCAGUUUGAUGGCCUUGGCUGAAAUUAUCCUCAACAAAUCUCAGGCCUACAUUCGCACCGAGUAA